CUCCUAUCACAGCCUGAAUCUAACAGCAAUACCUAUCGUCUAAACACGACAAGAAGACCGUUCUACAAAUACAAUGGCUGUCAAAACACUCGAAGUCCGCCCUCUCCCACCCCCUCACCCAGAUUCGACAGUCGACUUCGGCGCCGAGAUCAGCAAUGUGGACCUCGAGAAUCUUUCUGAAGCCGACUUUCAAGUCAUUCGCAAUGCCCUGUACAACUCCCAUGUCGUUGUCUUGAAGAACCAAGCCGGCCUGUCCCCUCGAGCCCAAUAUGAGCUCACCAAGCGUUUCGAUCCUGCGUCCGACAACUAUGGGCACGGCAAGACCCUCGAUGCGAAGCGUUCCGUCCUCCACCCCGACCUGAAGACCAUUCCUCACCAGCCACAAGUACAAGUCAUUGGGAAUGGAUUCUACGAGGAGUAUGAAGGAUUGAAGAACAUCACGCUGAAGCACCCACACCACAAGACCUUCCACAAGGAGAUCAUUCCGGAGGAGGACGACCUGGACGCAACCCGGUUCUACCGAUGGCACAUUGAUGCGGCUCUUUAUGCCUUGAACCCUCCCAAGGUCACAUCACUGCUUGCUGUCAAGGUCCCCGCUGGCAGACGCCAGACUUUACGUUUCGACGAUGGAACUGGGGAGGAGAUGGACGUUCCUCUUGGAACUACAGCCUUCGUGUCUGGCCAGAACAUGUAUAACUUGUUGAGCGAGGAAGACAAGGAAUUUGUUCGAAAUGCCAAGGUCGAGUACGCACCUCAUCCAUACAUCUGGAUGUCUCCUGCCAAGAGUCGAUCCGAUGGUCUUGGAAUGAUUUCCGAGGGCCUCGAACUGCCAUUGUCUGACCUACCACCUAUCAAUGAGGCAGACAUCAAGAUCCUGCCAAUGUGCUGGAAGAACCCGAACGGUGGCCUUGCUCUCCAAAUCCACCCUUCGGCCAUUAAGGCGAUCCACAUGCCAAACGGAGAGGUGAUGACUGACUUGAAAGAGGUCAGAGAGCUCGUCCAUCGUCUGCAACGACCAGCCAUCUCUGCUCAGCAUGUUUACCCUCACGACUGGGUGGAAGGCGAUCUCGUUCUCUUCAACAACCAGGGUGUUCUUCACUCGGUCGUCGGAGCCUUUAGCCCGGAGGAGCAGAGAUUGUUCCGCCAGUGCAACUUGGCCAGCAGCGAGGGUGUGAUGGGACCCGAUGGAAAGCUGUACUAGACGUUGAUGACUGGGCUUGGGGGAUGGGGUGGUGGUGGGUGAGAUUUGGAUGACCUGCAUGUGCUUGAACUCCUUUCAUGGUUUUUGGGAGAAGUUACGAACUCGGCGUUUGGACGACGCAUCUAAGCCUCUUGGAGAGGAACUUGGCGGAGUUGGAACGUAACAAAGCGUAGAUACCCCUUUGAAUUUGAUG